AAUAACAACGAUCAUUAUGCAGUAUCUAUACUUACUGCUGGUAGUAAAUUUUUCGCACAGCACUCUAUGAAAAAUUAAGCUAGAAUUUCAAAAUCCAGGACUAUUCUGAUAUCGUACGUUAAUGUUAUUAAACUUCAGCUAUUUAAUGCCGACUGUUGCAGACUUGUAGAAAGGUGCGACUACUAGGAUAUCCUGGCUGGACCUUGGUUAAAUCAUGGGCUCGACCUCCAUCAUGGAUAACACAGAUCUGAUGAAAUCACCAAGAAUGCCAGCCAUUGAUGCAUCCAAUGAGAUUACAUCUCCCCUGGAUUUUUCAUUUAAGGGAUUGACUGUAUUUGAUGAUGUCCAGGAUGAGGAUCCAAGAAAGGGUCAGCAUAAGCUAAGGAGGGAUAAAGGAGGGAAGUACCUGUGCACAUCUUUGAAGUUCAACAACAAUGCACUCACUGAUAUGAAUAACUUUGAGCCAGUGGUGGAGGGCCUAUUGCUGAAACCGGAUGAACUUUUAUGGCUGGAUUUAUCUAUGAAUGACUUAACAAACAUUGAUCCAGUCAUCCUUAUGUUUAAAAACUUAAAGAUGUUAUACCUCCAUGGAAAUGGUAUUAGUGAUCACAACCAGGUGGACAAGCUCGCAGCAUUCCCAAACCUUAUCACACUAACCCUCCAUGGUAACCCACUAGAAAAUGAGCCAGGGUACAGGCAGUUAAUUCUUGCCAAACUUCCAAAUCUCCGAUCACUAGAUUUCAGCCGAGUCACUAAAGCGGACCGUGCAAACGCGAGUAUAUGGAAGACUAUGAUUGGACAGAAGAAGCGAAAGAGAAGAAAAUCAAAAGAUGAAUGAUACAUUUUUAAAAUAUUGAAGAAAAAUUAUGAAGUUGAAUGUAAUGAGCAUAUUUUAAAAUGAAAUUAUGCAAAAAAUUCCAACAAAAGAUCAAAAUAUAGGAUAUUUUUAUUGUAUAUAGUUAUCUUGCAGGUUAAUAAUAUGAAAGACAGAUAAUAAAGAGGUUUAUACUAUAAUGUACAUACCACUUUUUAAAAUAA